AACCCCUUCAUUUGCCUCCACUUUUGGCCUGGUCACUUUCCCCCUAGGAGGGCGAGAGAAUUUCUUCUUCUCCUUCCUUUUUUUCUUACAGAAAGCUCAGAGUCUGGCCUGGGGUGCAGUCCAGCCCUGGUUCCUAGCAAGACUCAUCCACACUUGCUCAGGGGACCUUCUUCUUCUGCUGACCGUGUGCCAAUUUCAUAACAGAACAAUAUAUUUCCUUUGUAGAAUUUGCCAGCACCUCUAAAUCAGACAGGCAGAACUUGGCCAAGUAAAAACUGGAUUCCUUCCUAAAGAUGGAAGAGGAAGACUCAGCUGGCCCUGAAGCAGAAAGAGGCCAUGGCAUUGACACUGGGAGCAGUGGGGGAUUCUGGGAAAGCUCUGGGCAGAAGAUCCUGGGAGAGGAGGACACCCUUCACUCAGAGGUGCAGAGCCAGCAGUUGAGGCAGUUCUGCUCCCAGGAGGCCAAAGGACCCCGAGAAGUUUGCAGCCAACUCUACCACCUUUGCCACCAGUGGCUGAAGCCAGAAAGGCACACGAAAGCUGAGAUGCUGGACCUGGUGAUCUUGAAGCAGUUCCUGGCUGUCCUUCCAGCGGAGAUGGAGAGCUGGGUGAGGGAAUGCGGAGCAGAGACCAGUUCCCAGGCGGUGGCCCUGGCCGAAGGUUUCCUCCUGAGUCAGGCGGAGGAGAGGAAGCAGGUGGAGAAGAAGCAGGAAAAGGAUGUUUCUGCAGAAAUGGGACCAGAUUCCUCUGAGGCAGAGAGGACUUCGUUGGACACCAGAGAGAGGCCGCUGGGUGAAAGAAGGAUGCCGGCAAGACCUCCUCCUGCAUCUCUUCAUCCUGGUGGAGGGGAAGCAGCGGCUGAGGAAUCGGAUCAGAGCUCAGUUUCUUUUGAAGAUGUUGCUGUUCGUUUCACGGCUGAGGAGUGGGCGUUGCUGGAUCCUGCCCAGAGAGCUCUGCAUAAGGAAGUCAUGGAGGAGACUUGGAGGACCAUGAUCUCUCUGGUUGAUGAUAAAUCAGAAAUUAAGAACAAGGAACAACACGACAAAAUCCUCACAGUGGAGAAGCCAUAUCAAGAUUUGGAACAUGGAGAGAACUUCAGUCAGAGCUCAAAUGCCACUUCCCAUCAAAGAAAUGCUAUUGGGAAGAAACCCUUUCAGUGUUUGGAAUGUGGAAAGAGCUUCAGUCGGAAGAAUAGUCUUAAUUCCCAUCUAAAUAUUCAUACAGGGGAGAAGCCCUAUCAGUGCUUGGAAUGCACAAAGUGCUUUGCUGCAAGAAAAAAGUUAUGGCAACAUAAGAGAAUUCACACUGGGGAGAAACCAUAUCAGUGCUUGGAAUGUGGAAAAAGCUUCAGUUGGAAGGAUAGGCUUACUUCCCAUCAAAUAAUUCAUACAGGGGAGAAACCAUUUCCUUGCCUGGAAUGUGGGAAGAGUUUCAGGAAGAGGACCUAUCUCACUUCACAUCAAAAAAUUCACACAGGGGAGAAACCAUUUCAGUGCCUUGAAUGUGAGAAGUUCUUUACUACAAGAAGAGACUUGCAUCAACAUGAGAGUAUUCACACUGGGGAGAAACCAUUUCUGUGCUUGGAAUGUGGGAAGAGCUUCAGUCAAAAGGGAAGUCUCACUUCCCAUCAAAGAAUACAUACAGGGGAGAAACCAUUUCAGUGCCCGGAAUGUGAUAAGUUCUUUAGUACAAGAAGAAACUUACAUCAACAUAAGAGAAUUCACAGUGGGGAGAAACCAUACCAGUGCUUGGAAUGUGGGAAAAGCUUUAGGAAAUGGACCUAUCUCACUUCCCAUCAGAUAAUUCAUACAGGGGAGAAACCAUUUCAGUGUGUGGAAUGCGAUAAGUUCUUUACUACAAGAAGAGACUUGCAUCAACACAAGAGAAUUCACACUGGAGAGAAACCAUAUCAGUGCUUAGAGUGUGGGAAGAGCUUCAGGCGGAGCUCAUGUCUCACUUCCCAUCAGAGAAUUCAUACAGGGGAGAAACCAUAUCAGUGCUUGGAAUGUGGGGAGUCUUUUCCUACAAGCAAAUACUUCCGUCGACAUCAGAGUAUUCACAGUGGAGAGAAACCAUACCAGUGUGUGGAGUGUGGAAAGAGCUUCUCCAGGACGGACAGUCUCACUUCUCACCAAAGAAUUCAUACAGGGGAGAAACUAUAUCACUGCUUGGAGUGCACAAAGUGCUUUACUACGCGAUAUGGGUUCCAUCGACAUCAGAGAAUUCACACUGGGGAGAAACCAUUUGAAUGCCAAGAGUGUGGAAAGAGCUUCAGAUGGAGCGCCCAUUUCACUUCCCAUCAAAGAAUUCAUACAGGGGAGAAGCCACAUGAGUGCUUGGAAUGUGGGAAGAGCUUCGGUCGGAGAAAUCACCUUACUUCCCACCAAAGAAUUCAUACGACAGAUAAACCCGAAUAGGGCUUGGAAUGUGGAAAGAGCUGGAAGGAAAUCUCACUUCCCAUGAAAGAACUCACAGCGGGGAAAAUCCUGGAGUCAUAGAAUAGUAGCUUUGGGAGGAAUCUUGAGGGUCAUCUAGUCUAACCAACUGCAAUGCAUCUUCUUGAUGUUUAGUCAGAAUCUCCUUUCUUGUUAUGUUAUUGUGGGGUUACAUGGUUCUUCACCUCCUUUUCAAUCGUGAGAAUAACCCUGUACAGACUAAUCAGGUUCCUUAUCUGUUUAGAUGUUUAGCUUGAAUGAGACAUAGUGCACAUAGAGAACACAAAUAAGCAAUGAGACAACCAAUGCGUAUUGGAAUUUCUAUAUAACAUUGCUUUAUUGAUUAACAAACUUAACACAUAACAAGACAAGGGAACAUGCACUCAGACACACACGCAAUCACACACACACCUUCUCUAGGUUGGCCAGACCUAGAGGGUGGCUGGCAGGCAGGCAGCCGGAUCUCAACUGCGUCUGACACACACCUCAGUCCGAAAGAGACUAAUCUUAUACACUCUUCUCAUUGUGCAUCUAAGUCUCAUGUUCCUGAGUGACAUGUUCCUGGCAGUUCUUAGCAUGUUCUUGGAAGUCCUCCAUCUUUAGCAUCUUCUAGGCAUAUCACAGCCCUUACUGUUUGUACCCAGUCUUCUGGCACGGUACAACACUCAUUGUUUGGGGCUAGCAUUGCAUGGCUUAGUCUUUAUGCUUCAUUGUAGGUACAGAACUUUUUGCCAGAACAUGAACAUUCCAUUCGCUUCUUUUGAUCAGCACAGUUCAUUCAUAACACACUUCAUUCAUAAUAGCAUCCAUUUUGUGAGGUGUUCUUCAGCCUGAAAUGUGUGGUGGUCUUCAGCCAUCUUGCGGCUCAUUCAAAACAUGUCAUUCAUAACAACUGUGAGUUAGGUUAGGCUCCCCAAGGUCUCCCAGUGAGCUUCAUGGCCAAGUCGAGAUUGAACCCAGGUCUCCCAGGGUGUAGUCGAAUACUCUGGCAAUGUACUACUACACUGGCUCUCCCAUGAGACUCUUAGAAAUUGUUUGUGCAUGUUUGCUUAAAAUUUGGGUGCCAUAUUCUGGUGUUUGUGUCUAAAGUUGUAUACUGCUCUAGCAAAGUAAUUAAUGUAAUAAUAGUAAGUACAGUAUUAUAAUAGACUUAAGGCAAUGUUAGCUGGGGGGGGGAGUUUCAAAUUCUGGGGGUGAGCGGUGAUUGGCUGUGAAUUUGGAAGGGUGUUUGAGUAAGUACAACAUAACAAUCAGGCUUUUGGCUU